AAAUGAAUAGUCUGAGAAUGGAACUGAUAUCGUUCGAUUUGAGUGUGGAGGCAUUGAUUGGUUCGCUGUUUGCACUGGGUGCACUUUUUGCAUUUUGCCGUAGUCUGUUGAUUGAGGAUGUCAUCUGCAUUCCGGGUAAAAGUAAACAUGGAUGGAAAUCUAUAAAGAUAUUGGAUCGGGCUUGUUAUUGCAAUGUUUGCGAGAUACUCUUAACACCAUCCGCCGGGGUCUUCUGUGAUUGUUGUGGCAUUUGUUCGCAUGCCUCCCGGCCGUGUACACGCAAAGCCGAUAAGCUAUUCAAGUGCAAAGAAAAAUGGAUACAUAAUGCAAAAUCUAUGCGCCACUUGUGGGUCAAAGGCAACCUACCGUUGAGCGCUGUUUGCGAUGAAUGUGGCGAAGAUGUUGAAGAAGUCGGCCUUAGCGGCUGGCGUUGUGCCUGGUGCCAAAGAUGCUAUCACAACAGUUGUUACAAACGUAUCGAUACGAAGGCGGAAUGUGAUUUAGGCGAAUUCAGUGAUAUGAUAUUUCCACCGUAUACAAUUGUGGCGGCACGAACGAGGGAGUCUGUACGCUUACAUUUGGCCGGUAUUAAUCCACCGGAUAUUGAAAAUUGGGAACCAUUAAUUGUUAUAGCCAAUACGAAAUCGGGUAGUAGUACUGGAGCGGAUGUUGUGUCAUUGUUGCGUGGCUAUUUACAUCCUUUGCAAGUAAUGGAGCUGGGGUCACGAGGGCCGCAAGAUGCAAUGCAAUGGGCGGCCAAAGCAAGUCCCAGACCGUGUCGUAUUUUGGUGGCCGGUGGUGAUGGUACCGUUGGAUGGGUAUUAAAUACCAUGUAUACAUUAAAUAUUAGGCCCCUUCCCGCAGUAGCCAUUAUGCCAUUGGGAACUGGUAAUGAUUUAUCAAGAGUCAUGGGCUGGGGAGCAGAGCCGCCCUCCACUUUGGAUCCCUUGAAAAUAUUAAGAGAUAUUAAACGAGCCCGUUCCGUAAACCUCGAUCGUUUUUCGCUGCAAAUCGAAAAGAGUCAUUAUCGUCUACCCAUACAAAGGCAUCCAAUGAAAACGAUAAAUGUUUAUAAUUAUUUAAGUAUAGGCGUUGACGCCUUGGUUACAUAUAACUUCCACAAGACCAGAGAAUCCAAAUUUUAUGUUUUAAGUAGUCGUAUUUUUAAUAAGUUAAUAUAUUUUGGUUUUGGUACCCAACAAAUUGUCCAGCGUGAUUGUGAGGGUUUGGAGAAACAGCUUGAUUUAUUUUUGGAUAAUCGUUUAGUUGAACUGCCUGAGCUACAAUCGAUUGUGUUUCUUAACAUUGAUUCCUGGGGUGCUGGUUGUAAGCUGUGUGAGCUCUGUAACAAUGAUGACUAUGCUCCAAAAAUUAACAAUUCCAUUUGUGAUGGCGCCAUGGAGGUAUUUGGUAUUGUUUCGUCAUUUCACAUAGCCCAAUUGCAGUGUGGUGUUAGCAAACCUGUAAGGAUUGGUCAGGCAAAGCAUAUCAAGAUUGUCCUCAAAAGCGUUUGUGCCAUGCAGGCCGAUGGUGAACCAUGGAUGCAACAGCCAGCUGAAUUACACAUUACUUCACGUGGCCAAGUACGCAUGCUGAAAAAACAGUCUUGA